AUGGAUAUUAUAAAUUGUGGAUAUUGCCAGAGAGGAUUAGGAACCAUUAAUGAAAUCAUAGCCAAUGAUGUUCCAGCUGGGCACAUGUGCUUUUCAAAGUACCAAAGUGUUUCAAUAGAUAGAGAAAAUAAAAUGUAUGGUGUUGAUGAAAAAGAUCAACUGAAGGAUCCAGUAAAAAAUGUUAGUAGUACUAUAAGUAGAGCCCAUGAAUCUUCAGCUAUAAAGAACGCCGACUCUAGACCAGGUACAAGUUUUGUAUCGUGUUCAUAUUCCCAAUCCCUAAGUACACAGAGUAUGAAGAUGGCAAACACACUUUUGACUUCCCGUAUAAAUGAGACUGAUAAUAAUAACCAGUCAUGGACUGAUGCAUCAGUGAAAUCACCUAUCCAUGCAUAUAAACACAACAUUGAUAAAUUUAGCUCACCUUUAUACAAUAAAGAGAAAGUUUGGGAUAAGAUCUCUGGAGAAAUCAAUCAACAUGGAAUCAAAUUCACUGGGAAGAAAUGUGAUGAAAAAUGGCGAAACUUAAAGAAGGUUUAUGACAAGGUUAUACAAAAUAAAAGAAAAACUGGAAGUGGGCCAAUUCAUUGGCCAUAUUUUGAUGAAUUCCAUGAUAUUUAUUUCCGAGAUCCCAGGUACAACCCAAUAGCCACAGUGUCCAGUAGUGGUACACUCAAAAGAUGUGUUGAAACUAUCAGUAUGGACUCCGAAACAAAUUCUGAAAGAUUUUCUCCUGGAGAAAAGAAAAGGAAGAGAGCUGUAUCAUCAUAUGAUAUAGAUAAGAAUAAACAGAAGAGACAUGAAGAAAGAAUGACACUCAAACGUGAAAUGUUUGAGUGGUUUAAAAACAAUUACACUAAGCCUAAAGAAAGCCCUUCUGAAGACAUACUACACAGUGAUGAGGAUUCACCAUAG